AUGAAGUCUGCCAUCAUCGCCAUUGGCCUCGCGCUGGGCGUCUCCGCAGCUCCUGCGUCAUCAAUUGAGUCAGUCAACCGGGGUUGCUGCUUCGGCAUUGAUGCCUACGGCGUCCAAGGCACCGUCUCCGAAGGCUACUGGGGCAAGAUCCAACAGAUCUCCGACGGUCAGCUCCGCAUCGGACAAUCGAACAUCGAGAAGGAAUCCAACUUCUGCCUCAACGACAAGUAUGGCUUGUAUGAUCAGAAGCACUUUGGCUGCAUCCUUGCUGGCUGGGAGGAGCAGUUCCAGUGUGACAGCGGCAAAAUGUCCUGGUCCAACUGGCACAUCGGCUAUGAAGGCAUCGUCACUAUCCAAGGCAGCGCCAGCUGGUGGGCUUGCCCGACCGGAGACCAUAACGGAUACAACAUCUACAAGAAGCCUCUUCCCGGACAAAGAUAUUGCUCUCAGGUCGCUCUUGUUGCAGACGAGUGCCAUGCUGUUGAGGAUUCUGUCUCGGCCCCCACUCACCCAGAUGGCCCGGAGGACGCUCCCACCGACGAAGAAGGCCCAAAGGACGAUGACACCGACAAAGAAGUCCUAAAGGACGAUGACACCGACAAAGAAGGCCCAAAGGACGAUGGCACCGACGAAAAGGGCCCAAAGGACGAUGACACCGACGAAGAAGGCCCAGAGGACGAUGAUACCGACGAAAAGGGCCCAAAGGACGAUGACACCGACGAAGAUGGCCCAGAGGACGAUGACACCCACGAAGAUGGCCCAGAGGACGAUCACACUCACCCAGUUGGCCCAGAGGACGCUCCCGCCGACGAAGAUGGCCUAGAGGACGCUCACACUCCUGGCACAACUCUCUCUGACACCACUUUCCAAUCUUCACGUCAGGACUGCACCGAGUCUGGAUCAUGCAGCGGCAGCCGGUCGAGUUGUCCUGAUGAGCUGAGCGGAGAUUGGCAGUUCCCACACUUGAUCAUUCCCGUCGAUGCUGACAAGCCUGACUUUGCUCCUGGCACGUCCCUCUUUGGCACCGUCUCGAAUUCCACCAAGUCCUACUUCAACUUCGACAUCCCCUCCGAGUACGAAGGCAAGACCUGUACCGUCAAGUUUCUAUUCCCACAACAGGAGCAACUCGAAACAUCCAGCUUCGAACUCAAGGGAUCUGGCAAAGUCAUGGUCGGCUGGACCAAGGAAGUCAGCAACUCGACCUCGUUCAAGAUCGCACCCAAGUGCCCGAAGCAGGUCACUGGGACCUUCAGCCCCGGGCACAGCUACCAGCUUGGCGAAGCUGAAUGCGAGCCUGGUGUUAUGGGAUUCGUCAUUCAGGGAGCCUCCGACACUUACUUUAGAUGGUUCCAGGACUUCAACCCUUGCCCCAUUGGUCUCUACCUCACUGCUGAGUAG